AUGUCUCCGAAAGUCCGUAGGCAAGGCUUCUGUGGCGUCAAUCCUCUCCGCCCAUCUAAACAUUGCUCUGGUGAAAGAGCCUUGGUGGAAUAUCCUGGAGGACUGGUGAAGGCAGCAAUGCAGUCGUCUGAAAGGUUCACCCCUCUGGUGGUGCUUGAGCUGGUCUCAGACACCAAAGAAGAAGCCAUAUCUUGGCUCCUCCAUAGGAUACGAGACAAACAGCAUAAUGGAGGUGCUGAGCUGAUGGUGGAACAGCUUGGGCAUGGGGAGGCUGCUGAAGAGAAGCAAAAUCCAAAUCUGUUCCUGAUUGGGACGUCGUUGCAGAGAUUGUUGUCUGGAGCUGAAGAUUUGGGUCUUUUCAAAGAGUUCAAUGAUGGUUCCAUGAGGGGCUUCACCAAUGCAAACAAGCAGAACUUUAAGAACUUUCAUGGCGAUGGAGAUGGCUUCCUCAGCAUGGCCGAAUGUCAGUACAUUAUUAAACAUGAGCUGGAAACAUUACGAGCCAAAGAUGAAACGCAUAUACCAGGAUACACACAGGCCAAGCUCUACCCAGGAAAAUCUAUUAUUCGCAGAUUGCUGUCGAAAGGAAUCAUGGUCCAGAUGUUUCCACUCCAUGAGACGGAAGAACUAAAAAGACUCUCAUUUUCAUGGUUCAAAAAGAUAAAGCUUUCUGUCCAACCACUUGAUGAAAUCAGACACUACUUUGGAGAGGGACAGGCGCUGUACUUUGGCUUCCUCGAGUACUUCACCUUUGCUCUCAUUCCCAUGGCUUUAAUUGGUGUGCCUUAUUAUCUGUUCGACUGGGAGAACUAUGACAAAUAUGUCAUAUUUGCUGUUUUCAACUUGAUUUGGUGCACUAUUAUACUUGAGUUAUGGAAGCGUUUCAGUGCGACCCUCGCUUACCGUUGGGGGACACUGAGUAGAAAAAAGGCCUUUGAAGAGCCCCGCCCUGGUUUUCACGGAGUACUGGGCUUCAAUCCAGUCACUGGACGAGAGGAGCCUCUGUACCCCAAUGUGAAGAGGCAACUGCGGGUGUUCUGUGUGUCUGUGCCCUUCGUGCUGCUCUGUCUCUACCUGUCGCUCUAUGUCAUGAUGAUUUACUUCCAAAUGGAGGGAUGGGCUUUGUCUUUCCACGAUGAAGAGCCCACCUUCUGGACCGGGAUCCUGGUCUUCAUCCCCAGUAUUAUCUAUGCAGUGGUCAUCGAGAUCCUGAACCUCAUCUACAGAUACGCCGCAGAGUUUCUCACGGAGUGGGAAAAUCACAGGCUGGAGUCUUCAUACCAAAACCACCUUGUCCUUAAAGUUUUAGUAUUCAACUUCUUCAACUGUUUUGCCUCCCUCUUCUACAUUGCCUUUGUGAUGCAAGACAUGGUGCUGCUCAGACAGAGUCUGGCCACGCUGCUGAUCACCAGUCAGAUCCUAAAUCAAUUUAUGGAGGCCUUCUUGCCGUAUUGGCUGCAGAGGAGACGCAAUAAGAAGCUGAUCCGAAAAGUCAAGCGGCAGCAAACCCUGACGGACAAAGAGCUGCCUUUGGAGCAGCAAGUGCGGCUGGAGGCUGACAUGAGCACGUAUCUGGGCACUUUUGACGACUACCUGGAGUUGUUCCUGCUGUACGGAUACGUCAGUCUGUUUUCCUGUGUGUAUCCACUGGCUGCAGUCCUGGUUGUGUUGAACAAUUUCACUGAAGUUUAUUCCGAUGCCUUCAAAAUGUGCUGUGUGUUCAAGAGGCCUUUCUCUGACCCAGCUGCGAACAUUGGAGUCUGGCAGCUUGCCUUCGAAGCGAUGAGUGUGAUUGCUGUCGUGACCAACUGUUCUCUGAUCGGCAUGUCUCCACAAGUCAAAGCUUAUUUCCCUGAGUCUGAGAUGCAGCUCAUUCUGUGGACCGUGGCCAUUGAGCACGGAAUCCUGGCUCUGAAGUUCAUCCUGACCUUCCUGAUCCCUGACGUUCCGAAACCCAUCCAGAUCCAAUUGGCCAAACUGGAGUUCGAGUCGCUUGAAGCUCUAAAGAAAAAGAAAAUGCUGGAGACCACUGAGCUGAGCAAAGUCCAGCCUUGA